UCAGAGCAGCAGCAGAGCGAGAAGAAACGAUAAAUUUUCAACACAUCAGAGCACCACCGUAGAAAACCGAGAGAAAGAACACUUUUUUUACGCGUGAACUUUUCCAACGCAAAAUAAUCCCAGAAAGUGGCCACGGUUUGGCGAUUUUCCUGCGUAGUUCUAGCCAGCCGGUACCAACGCCCGACGGAAGUGCAUUUUUCGACCCGGAACCGGUCCGGUAGUUACAUAAUUCGUCGAUUUAAUUUCCGCCGAAGGGGAAGGUCGUCGUCGUCGGUGCAGCCGCCGCAAAAAAAAGGAAAAAGAAAAUCCUUCAAAGAGAAAGGCAGCCAAGUUUUGACGGCCAGGAACCUGUGGUCUGUCCCCCCUGGCAGGAAGCUGAACCAACAUCAUCAAUUUGUCCACAGGCUGCUGCUGCUGGAUUGACCGCUUGAUGGGAUCUGGUUGGCCUUCGCGAGAAAGUUGCGUCGUGGUGCAAUCGAUCUGCUGCUGUUGCUAAAGUUGAAAGGAAACCUCAGCCACACUAAGUCGACCCCAAAACGGAACCCCGCUAAGGACCGACCUCUCCCACGCCAAGUCAAGCGCGCACGCGCCGUCAUCUCACCCCGGCCCCACCAUGGAUAACGACGGACUGUCGAACGAGCAGACGGAGAAGGUGAUUCAGUUCCAGGAGAUUACCGGACUCGAGGACAUGACCGUGUGCCGCGACAUCCUGAUCCGGCACCAGUGGGACCUGGAGGUGGCCUUCCAGGAGCAUUUAAACAUCCGCGAGGGUCGCCCGUCGGCGUACGCCACCGAGUCGCGGGCGCCGGCCGUCGUCAACGAUCGCUUCCUGCAGCAUGUAUUCUCGGCCCAGCGCGGCCCGAACGCACCCGUCCCGUCCGGCAUCGGCGGCAUGAUUGGCUUCGUGGUCAACUAUGUGUUCAACUUUUGCUACAGCACGCUGUCCUCGAUCGUCACCACCUUUCUGAGCCUGUUCAAGGACCGGGAGCGGAUUGUGACCGAUCCGUUAGGGGAUGUUUUGAACUUUAUUCAAAACUACAAUGAUAAGUUCCCGGAGCAUCCGGUCUUCUACCAGGGCACGUACGCCCAGGCGUUGAACGAUGCCAAGCGCGAGCUCAAAUUUCUCCUAGUCUAUCUGCAUUCCGACUCGAGCUCAGAGGCGACCAGCUUCUGCCGGGAGACGCUGUCCAACGAGCAGGUCGUCGAGUACAUCAACCGUCGGAUGUUGUUCUGGGGCUGUGAUGUGUCCUCACCGGAGGGUUACCGCGUGUCACACUCGAUCAACGCGCGGGCAUAUCCCGUGCUGGUGAUGAUCGCUCUGCGGGCAAACAAAAUGGUCAUCAUGGGCCGGAUGGAGGGCCACUGUAACGCCGAGGAGUUGAUCCGUCGGAUGGACACCGUGGUCAACGAUAACGAGCUGUGGUUGAACCAGGCCCGCCAAGAUCGGCUCGAACGAGAUCUCACACAAACCCUGCGCCAACAGCAGGACGAAGCGUACCAAAUGUCCCUGCGUGCGGACCAGGAAAAGCAACGCCGAAAGCAGGAGGAACGCGAGGAAGCCCAGCGCGCCCAACAGGCCAUCGAGGCAGAACGGAAAGCCGAACAGCAACGGCUCGAAAACAUCGAGAGGCUCAAACUGGAACUGGCGUCCCAAGUGCCUUCCGAGCCGGAACCGGGAGCGCCCGGUACGAUUAGCAUAGUCUUCAAAUUGCCCAGCGGCCUACGGUUAGAGCGGAGAUUCCACUCGUCCAAUACCCUCAAGGACAUUCACAACUUUAUCUUCUGCCAUCCGGAGGCGCCGGACUCGUUCGAGGUGACCACCAACUUCCCGAAGCGUGUGCUACAGUGUGGCGAGGACAGUACGGCGCCCCAAACGCUCGUCGAUGCCGGCCUCAAGAACCGCGAGGUGCUGUUCGUUGCCGAUCUGGACGCCUAAACAAGUCAUUUCGAGGGCGGUUUUUUGUUUUUCGUUGCGUUUUAACGGCAAACAUUUCAGGAUAAUCACUGAGCAAAAGUAUAGAUAAGCAAACAUUCACACAUUCAAAGCGCGCGACGAGCAUGUGAGAGGUUACAAAACUAAUUGUGGAAAUAAAACUGAGGAUAACAAAAACACAAAAUUGUAAUGUUGCAUAGGUUUUUCCUUUAAUUCAACAAAUAAAAAUCGGAAGCAAAUUAAUAUAAAGAAUAAUAUAUUUACGAGUAAACAGCAAAAGCAACAUGAGGAAUAAAGUUUUUCACUUAAAAGUAAGAUAUAAAGCUAUAAAAUUAUUCAAAACAAAAAAAAAACACAUGAGUCGAUACAGCCUUAUUUUAUACUUUGUAAGCAAUUUAUCCAUCAGAGGAGGAAAGAGAAAAAAACGGAACGCAAUUUGUUAUUUUUUAACUGAUUUUUGUAGUGUUUUCUAACUUAUUUAAGUUGAAAUAAACCUGAGUUUCCUUAAUGAA